UCUGUAUAAUGUUUUUUUUUACCAUUCUACAAAGUAAUUUUUAUAUCAAAAACAUCAAUCACUUUCAAUGGUUAACGUCUCUCUAGAAGCUAUUGAGAGAAUUAGUUUCUCCUUGAUGCGUCCUUAGUAUUCUGUGCGAUGUUGCUGAUCUGUAGCAAUUUGAGACAAAUGUGACAGAUUUAAGGGAAGAUAUUGAAGUUAUGGUAAACGAUGUUAUAUAGAUAUUAGACAUAAAUAUGAUCCACAGUUUAUUCAUAAUUAAUUCUCAAGGUGAUGUUUUUCUUGAAAAACAUUGGAGGAGCAUAAUUUCGCGGUCAGUAUGCGAUUAUUAUUUAGAUGCACAAAGAAACAAUCCAAAAGAUAUAAAUCCAGUUAUUGCAACACCUCAUCACUAUCUAAUUUCAAUUCAAAGAUGUGGUGUGAGUUUUGUUGCUGUAUGUAUGGAAGAGAUACCACCACUCUUUGUAAUUGAAUUUUUGCAUAGAAUUGUAGAUACAUUUCAGGACUAUUUCUCAGAUUGUACGGAAACAAUAAUAAAGGAAAACUAUGUUGUUGUUUAUGAGCUUUUAGAUGAAAUGCUAGAUAAUGGUUUUCCGUUGGCAACCGAAAGUAAUAUACUUAAGGAACUAAUAAAACCUCCCAAUAUUUUGAGAACUAUUGCGAAUACCGUUACUGGAAAAACAAAUGUAAGUGAGGUUUUGCCUACUGGCCAGCUCUCAAAUAUUCCUUGGAGAAGAUCGGGUGUAAAAUAUACGAAUAAUGAGGCCUAUUUUGAUGUUAUUGAGGAAGUUGAUGCCAUUAUUGAUAAAUCAGGAGCAACAGUCUUUGCAGAAAUACAGGGAUAUAUAGAUUGUUGCAUUAAACUAAGUGGCAUGCCGGACCUAACUUUAUCCUUCAUGAAUCCAAGAUUAUUUGAUGAUGUCAGCUUUCAUCCCUGUGUGAGAUUUAAGAGGUGGGAGGCGGAACGUGUAUUAUCUUUUAUACCUCCAGAUGGCAACUUUAGGCUUAUCUCCUAUCAUAUCAGUUCACAGAGUGUUGUAGCUAUCCCUGUAUAUGUACGUCAUAGUUUGACAAAUAAAUUUGGAGAACAAGCAAAAUUAGAUUUAACGGUUGGUCCCAAACAGACGUUGGGUAGGUCUAUCGAAGGUGUAAAAUUGGAAGUGCUCAUGCCAAAGUGUGUUUUAAAUUGUGUUUUGACUGCUAAUCAGGGCAAAUAUAAUUUCGACCUUGCAUCUAAAAUUCUUCAUUGGGACAUAGGAAAAAUUGAUGUAUCAAAGCUACCAAACAUUAGGGGUUCAGUAUCGAUAGCUAGUGGCACUAAUACAGUCGAAAUAAAUCCCUCCAUCAAUGUUCAUUUCACUAUCAACCAGUUAGCUGUAAGUGGUCUAAAAGUAAAUCGGUUGGAUAUGUAUGGCGAGAAAUAUAAGCCCUUCAAGGGAGUUAAGUAUAUCACAAAGGCAGGCAGGUUCCAAAUACGUAUGUAACUAAAAUUAUUUUAAUAUUUUUGAUUUAAUUGGUUCUGAUAUACUCUAUAUCUUUUUGGGAGAUAAUCUACAAUUGUAUUGACAAUAUUAUUGCAAUUUAAUAAAUUUAUCACAGUACAAAGUAGCUUAUUAUUUGG